AUGGCUCUCCCUGGGUUCGAGCUGCUUUAUUCAACUGUCGUGCAACAAAUACGAUCAUCAGAUGACGCUGCUAUAAUUGCGGUCCAUUGGAAUUUGAUUUCAAAUGGUCUCAGAUGUUGUGGUUCUGGAGAAUCUUGGCCCGAGAGACAGAAUGAAAACUAUGUUGGUAGUGAGUUCCUGCCUGAAGGAUGGAACAGUCAAGAAGCAAUUUAUGCACUGCGCUAUGUUGACCCCACGUCAAACAGAACGUAUCUGAUGAAAGCUCUGGCCAUUGAAGGCUCUCUUAUUCUUCACCUGCUAAGGUGCUUUGAUGAGAAAACUGUUAGCACAACGGUUCGUAGUCGAGACUUCGUCAAUGAUAUCCACCCCUCUAUAGCAAGCACAUUUAACAACCUGUCAGAGCUCAACACACAAGUCACUAAAGACUUGUACACCAAAAUGGUGGAGAGACCUCAGCGCAGGAGCGACUCAGAGAGCAGCCAGUCACAUCCGACAAGGUCACCUUUGUUGGAAGAUCCAAGACGAGGUGUCUCCGGGGGUGCUGGCUACCACCCCCCAAGACAGCCAAUCAGACCUGACUACUCUGAUCCUUUUAGUGUAGGUAGGACAGACCUUGACCCCCUGAGUGGUGGCUUUGGUGGGGGAAUGUUCAUGGACCCGCGGAAUCUGACCAACCCGGGUGGCUUUAGACCUCCUGGCUUCCCGCCAGGUUCCAUCCCCCCUGGUGCCAGAUUUGACCCAGUCGGACCCCCAGGUGUCAGACCAGUGCCUGACCCUGAUCAUGAACGUCCCCCGGAUAGUUACGAUGAUAUGUUUAUGUGAGAAGAUUAAAAACAUUCACUUGGAAAAGGCAGGAAUAACUUCUAGAUAGUGAAACAUUUUGUAAAUAAAGUUUGGCUUUAAAAAUGAUUGUUUUCUCUAA